GCAAAGCUCCGGAUGUUCCGCAGCCCCGGCGGCUCGCAGGUGGAGGGGCCCGGGGCCUAGGACUGUGCCCCGGAGCGGGAAGCGCCUGCAGGCUGUAGAGAGGCCGGGUCCAGAGCUUGGAGGCGCGCGGGGGUGGGCGCUGCAGCCGCGGGUUGUUUAUCUGGAGUACGGAGGGGAGGGGGGAGCCUGGAAACCGCCCCGUGUCCCAUUUCCUCCUCUUGUUUUCGCUCCGGAUUCUCCAUGUUGGACCCAAACUGAGGAGCCCGGAGCUGCCGCCGGGGGAUCGGGGCUGGGGGCACCCGGGAGAGCCGCUACCCGGGUCGCCCGCUCUCCAUACAGGCCGCCUCCCUUCCCGGCCCAGGGAGGGAACAAGAGCCGGGAUGUGAACAGCAGUGGGAGUCGGAGUCUCGGGAGCCCGAGCCUGAGCCGGAGCGGGCCCCCGCCCAGGCCCCCCAGCCCAGCCCAGCCCAGCCUGUGCGCCCGCGCGUCCUCCCGCCCAGCCAGCCCGGGCCCGCGGGAUUGUUAGAUGGAACACGGCUCCAUCAUCACCCAGGCGCGGAGGGAAGACGCCCUGGUGCUCACCAAGCAAGGCCUGGUGUCCAAGUCCUCUCCUAAGAAGCCGCGUGGCCGUAACAUCUUCAAGGCCCUUUUCUGCUGUUUUCGUGCCCAGCAUGUUGGCCAGUCCACCUCCUCCACUGAACUCUCCCCCUACAAGGAGGAAGCCAACACCAUUGCGAAGUCGGACCUGCUGCAGUGCCUCCAGUACCAGUUUUACCAGAUUCCAGGGACCUGCUUGCUCCCAGAGGUGACGGAGGAGGAUCAGGGAAGAAUCUGUGUGGUCAUCGACUUGGAUGAAACCCUCGUGCAUAGUUCCUUUAAGCCAAUCAACAACGCUGACUUCAUAGUGCCUGUAGAGAUCGAAGGGACCACUCACCAGGUGUACGUGCUCAAGAGGCCGUAUGUGGACGAGUUCCUGAGGCGGAUGGGGGAGCUCUUCGAAUGUGUCCUCUUCACCGCCAGCCUGGCCAAGUAUGCCGACCCCGUGACGGAUCUGCUGGACCGGUGUGGGGUGUUCCGGGCCCGCCUGUUCCGUGAGUCCUGUGUGUUCCACCAGGGCUGCUACGUCAAGGACCUCAGCCGCCUGGGAAGGGACCUGCGGAAAACCCUCAUUCUGGACAACUCGCCUGCUUCCUACAUUUUCCACCCGGAGAAUGCAGUGCCCGUGCAGUCCUGGUUUGACGACAUGGCGGACACUGAGUUGCUUAACCUGAUCCCGAUCUUUGAGGAGCUGAGCGGAGCUGAGGACGUCUACACCAGCCUGGGGCAGCUGCGGGCCCCUUAGCCUUCCCCGCUGCCAGCCGCGGCCGUCCCAGCAGGGGCUUUCCUCACUGUGCCUUCAUGAUCAGUCUGACAGAGUGGAAGCGGGAGCGUCUAGCCAGACGAGGCCUGGACAUAGACGUGAUUGGAAAGAGCUCUAGGACAGGUUAGAUGCCGAGUGGGCAUAUAGCAGACCAGCGAUACCCAGAGCUCCUGGCUGUCUGAGUUGGGUUCCUGAGAUGUGAGUGAGCGUCUGUGUGUGCACACACACGUGCGUGUGUAUGUAUGUGUGUGUGUGUGUCUGUCUGUCUUGUCUUGAACUGUGGCCCCAGGAUAUGUGCGUUUCCGGUUAGGAGAGAAACUGAAGGAUCGAGAGUCUCCUCGAGUCUGUCUCCUGCAGACUCUGCAGGCUUGAAGACUGCUGAAGGCUCCGUUGCCAAACCUGUGGCCUUUCCUCAGUGUUGUAAGGUUUAUGCCAAGGAGAGAAUGGGGUCAGGGGCUGCCUUCGGGUGCCCCAGGCGUGCAUCUUUCUAAAGCCUUUCUCUUGCCAGCUGCUGCAGAGAAGCGACAUUUCUGGGAAGAUGAAAGCUUGUUUCCAGAGCUGGCCCCAGUGGCCAUUGGGUCCUGUGGCCCGACAGCUGCCCUUGCCUCCAGCGGAGUGCCUGACUCGGGUCCUGUCUGCGUCUCCCAAGGCCUGGGCACCAGGCCUGCCUUCCUCGCCACCUAGCCAUAGUCUUAAACCUGUGGGGAAGGAGGUCUUCUCCCUGCCCUGGAAGAGGACAGAUAACUGAUUUCCGUUCUUUUGACUCUGUUUUAAAAUUCUCUUUCUAAAUACAGUGUUGGGCUGUUUUGUUUCUGACAGAGCUGCAGUCCUGGGCCUGGGGUGAGAGUGGGAGGCCCCGGGGGUGCGGGGAUGAGCAUGAGUGUGUGUCCACUCGGCCUGUAGGUCAGCGGCGCCCAGGCCUGUGCCUCCAUCUGCCUUCAGGGAAUCUGCUGGUGCUGCCACAGGACUGUUCCCGGGUCCCACCCUCCUGUUUCUGGGCAGGGCUCUCUCCUCUGUCUUCCCCCAGGGCCUGGCCUGUGCCGAGUGUCUUCAUCCUUCCUGGCUAGCUGGCGCUGGUUCUCUGCAGAGCCCCAGGCGUGCUUGCGUUUCCUGGGCGGAGGGGCUGGGUGUUGUCUGCGCUUAGUUUGCCGAGGAAACACACGUGCGCCCUGCCAACAGCGACAGGUGUGCCGAGUGCGCCACUCGCCUGUGCUUUGCAAGUCUCUCUGCUUUCAAAGUUUCUUAAUGGUGAAAUGCUUUAAAAAAGCCACAGAGAGGAAGUUUCCCCAGGAUGGAAACAAAAGGGGAAGAGCUGCUGUAACUGGGAGCAGAGGGGCCCCAGAGGGAGCCCCGCCUCAGGUCACUGCCUUAACCGCGGCCGCCCCCCUCCUUCCGGUGGGGUUCCUGCCACCCCCACCCCCUUUUCCCUGGAGGCAGGUGUCGCCAAGCGUUUGUAAGUUGCUUCAGGUGCGAGAACUCCGCCCACUCAGGACUCACCCCCGUUAUCCCUUCUGGUUUCCGCACGCUGGGCCAGUCUGAGGAGCUCGUCGGGACCGGGCAGCAGAACAGCAGCUCGGGGUUCUGGCUGCCCGGAGUCCUCUGGCAUCGUGACCGCCGCAAGGCUGUCAGGCCUUCUCUUCGGCUUUGGUGUCACGUGGGUGGAGUAGGGCCCCCCAGGCCUGUGUGGUCAGUUCCCCAGCAGCAUUUCCUGGUGCCUGUGGGAUCCUGCUCCAUGCUGGUGGGGAAAGAGGGCUCCAGGGCUGGCCAGGAAGGACGUCUCCUGAAGGGAGGUAGGAGCUUCUGAUUCUAAGGCCCUGGCCUAAGCCUCUCUUCUGGUAUCACAGGGGGGCCUCUCUCCUAAGCCCCACUCAAAGGGUCAGCCCUCGGGCCAAAUCUGCCAUGGCAUCCAGCCAAGCUUUUCUGACUAAACAAGCAAUAAGAGGCUGUAGGCUGACCCCCCAAGGGACCCUUUCUGCCCUCCUUUGGGUCACCUGGUCUCUGGGAAGAGCCAGUGCCACCCACUUUCCUGUCAGGCUUGUCUGAGUGCUCCGAGGGGUCAUGACCAGGGCCCAGGAUGACCUGGGAGGGCCUGCUACUUCUGCAUGAAGCCCAGCUCCACAGGCCUGUCUCACCAGACCCCCUGCCCCGCCCCAGCGGUUCCUAACCAGAAAUGCUGCACCCCCUCGCCCCCUCCUCCCUUCCCUGGAGAGGUAGCGCAGCCAAAUAUAAGUCUAAGCAGGGUCCAUCUGUGUGGACCAGAGCCAGCCUGAAGUCGUUAGGGCUUUCUGGUCUCCAGUUUCAGUGUGUUAGGGGCAAGAGAUGAUUGCAAAACUUGCUCCUUAGAGGAAUCAGGCCAGACUCAACUUGGGAGGAGGGCAAGAUUGCAAGGAGGAGCCAGUUCACCCCAGGAUCUGUUUCAGGGUUUCCUACCAGCACUUCGUGUGUGAGGCUGGCCUUUGGGAAGCAAUAGGCUACCAGGCCUGGCCAGCCCCGGUUCAAGCCAUGCAGGAACCUGCCCGCCUGCCAAGUUCAGUUUUUAAGGUGCCUCUUCAGGGACACGGCGUGUCUCUCUGAUUGGGCUUCUAAAUCAAAAGCCUGAUGUUCUGUCCCUCUCAUAGGGGGAGCUUUGGACACAGGACCAGUUUGGAGAGGGUCAGAUGAGAGUCUCCACUCUGCACAUUGUAGAGGGGACCCUUUGCGGGCCCGUGGUCCCUCACUAGAGAGGCGGAGGUGAUUUGCCUUCAGUUAACCUGGGACCUUCUGUUUAAUUCCCUCCCGCCUCCCAAAGAUUUGGACCAUUUUAUAAGUGUAUGAAUUCACCUCUGUUCACAGUGGCCCCGAAGCUUGUCUGUGCUAACAGCAUGGGAAGUCUAGAGGCGGUCAUUCCCUGGGAAGUGGGUCCCGUUCUGUUUUGUUUGCAAGCCUGGCCUGUUCCUGGGGGGCCUUGUUCGGUAAGGCAGCUCCCCACCCCUCCAGGGUUGUCUGCGCCCCAUGUCCCAGCGGUCCAGUGUCUACAGCAGGCGGGCCUGUUUGGUUUCCCCUUUAGGUCUUCAUUUAGUUACUUGUUACUGUUAUCCCUCAGUUGCCUUUUUUGUAAAAUGAGGUUUUAGUUUUGUCUUAAAAAAAAAAAAAAAAAAACCAGUAAAUACUUGCAUUCAAGCCGGGGAGGCAGAGGUCUGGCCCCCUGCCACAUUGUCUCAAAGCUGUGGGCAUGCCCCGGGAGCAGACUCUGGUCUUUGGGGCCCUGAGCUUCUUUGCUUGUAGUUGUCUCAGAUCUGACCUGUGCUCUGCCGCUCAGCCCCCUUCAGGACGCCGUCUGGAGGGCCAGGGAGGUCUGCCUCCCACUGUGACCGGGCUCUGGGGUUCUGACCACCUUGCUUACAAGUCCAUAAUUUGAUAAAUUUGUUGUAUUCAAAAACUUGAAAUGUAGGAUGCCAUUAAGUGUCUGUUUAUAUUUUUGAAAUAUUUGUAUUACUUACAAUUAAUGAAUAAAAGUGGGUUUAAAAAACCCAUCCAUGAAUGGGAA